AUGGCCCAAACCUCAAUCAACCAUCGAUACAUAGCCGAACAUAAAGAUCCCCAAGGACCCGGAGAUGCUCGACCUACUGGCAUCCAGAUCCUCAAAGACAAUGAUCUGAUCAACAACAUGGUUGAGAAAACCUUCCUUGUGACGGGCGGAACGGCUGGUCUUGGAUUGGAAACCGUACGAGCACUGGCCAAGACGGGAGCAAACGUGUUCUUUACAGCGCGGAACGUCGAGAAAGCGAACAAGGCCGUCCAAGACAUCGUCGAAGAAGUGAAAGGCGCGAAAGUCGACUUUGUCGAGAUGGAUAACACGAGCUUAGAGAGCGUCAAGACAGGCGCAGAGGCUUUCCGGCGGAAAACCGAGCAAUUGAAUGUUCUCAUUUGCAAUGCCGGCAUCGGCUCCGCACCGUAUGGCCGGACAGAAGAUGGGCACGAAAUGAACUUUGGCGUCAACUAUCUCGCCCACUUCUACCUCUUCCAGCUGCUGGAACCACUGCUCUUGGCCUCUUCGACUCCAUCGUUCCACAGCCGCGUGGUGACGCUAUCCAGCAGUGCGCACUGGUUCUCCACCGUCCAGAUCGGCAACUACAACCAAGAGAGGAAGCUCGAGGGGAAGAUUGAGCCGCUUUUUGACCUGGGCGAUGGGUACAAUCCCCUCAUUGCAUACGGCCAGAGUAAGACGGCCUUCAUCUGGUUGACCAACGAGAUUGAGCGCCGGUAUGGAGGGAAAGGGCUGCAUGGGUUGAGUGCAGACCCGGGCACCAUCGUCACGGCCAUUUGGGGAGGCAUGGACCCUCGCGCAGCGGAGGCUCUUCAACCCUACGUAGAGAGUGAGCAGAUGCAAAAGGGCUUCAAGUCGGUGGAGCAAGGGAUUGCAACGCACGUCCUGGCGGCUGCUGGGAAGGAGUACGAAGGCAGAGGCGGCCUUUAUCUGUGCGAUUGUACUACGCCGAGGGCGUUGGCGGACGACGAAGCAAUUCCCGCGGACGGCUAUCGAUCGUGGGCGUUUGACCCAGAUGGAGAGAAGCGGCUUUGGGCGGAUUCAUUGGAGAUGGUGGGUAUGAAGGAGGAGCCUUAG